ACCAACAAAGAACACUGAGAAACGACACAUAACAACAGUUGUCUGUUUCCCAAUCCCAAAGACAUCUGCAAAACCCAAAAACCUCUUCUUUCUCCAUUACUUCUUACUCAUUCUAUAUUUGUGAUUGGCCAAAAAGGGAGAUCCUUUUGAUUAUUUGACAUAUAUCUUAUCCAACGUCACAGCCUAUUCCUCCACAAUCCUAAAGAAACCGAAGAGAGAAGGAAACUAUCUAUGAUGGGAUACCUCUCCUGUAAAGCUGAAUCCGCCAUUUCUGUAUCCUCCAACUCCCACACUCCAUCUUCCAAGUCCAAAACCGUUCACAGCCCACGACACAAGAAACCCAUCAAGAUCCAGCAUUUUCACUACAGUGACCUUGAGGCUGCCACUAACAACUUCUCUGACCAAAAACUGUUGGGCAAAGGCAGCCAUGGCUACGUCUACAAGGCCAUCCUCCACGGACGCCACGUUGCCGUCAAGAAGCCCUCUCGGACUCCCUCAGUCAAAGCCGAUGUCUUGACGAGCGAGGUCGAUAACGAAAUCGAAAUCCUGUCCCAAAUCCAUAGCCCACGACUGGUAAAUCUAGUGGGUUUUACCAAUGAUUCUGAGAAUAGGCUUUUGGUGGUUGAGUUCAUGUGCAAUGGGACUUUGUACGACAUUCUUCAUUCCACAACUCGAUCCCCAACUUGGGGUCGAAGAAUUCGAUUGGCUUUGCAAACUGCAAAAGCCAUCGACAUUUUGCACUCCUCAAACCCACCUGUGAUUCAUAGAGAUAUAAAGUCUGCGAAUGUGCUAAUAGAUAGAAACUAUAAUGCCCGGUUGGGUGAUUUUGGUUUAGCCCUUAGGUGCCAUGUGGAUGACUAUAGGCUAAGAUCCACACCUCCUGCUGGGACUAUGGGGUACUUAGACCCUUGCUAUGUGACCCCAGAUAAUUUGAGCACAAAGACUGAUGUGUUUAGUUUUGGGAUUUUGUUGUUGGAGAUUAUUAGUGGGAGAAAGGCUAUUGAUGUUGGGCACUCACCACCUUCGAUAGUGGAUUGGGCGAUUCCCCUUAUAAAAAAAGGGAAGCUUUCUGCUAUCUAUGAUCCAAGGGUAAUGCCUCCUAAGGAUUUGGUCGUGAGGAAGCAAUUGGCAGUGAUUGCCUCAAAGUGUGUAAGGUCUUGUAGGGAGAGGAGGCCGGCAAUGAAGGAGGUUGUCGAAUGGCUCAGUGGUUUAAGUAAAUUGGUUCCACUUCAUUCGUGGAACGGUUUUAAUAAUCCAUGUAUGAUGGUGGACACUGUUGGAGGUCCCGUGGGAUUGAGAAAUGUGAAUAAUUCGAGAAUGGAGGGUGUGGAAGGUGGGGAUUUUGAUGCAAUGGAUGGGAAUUUUGGUAGAUUGUCAACUAGGCAUUCACGGAGAGUGUAUUCUGAUUUGGGGUUCAGCAGCAACUUGAUGGAGCUUAUGGCUGGUAACGAUGGGGAUGUUGAUGGGGAUGAGCUGAGUUCUAAAUCAGCGAAUCAAAGUUCUAAAUUUGGUAGUGGGAGAUAUUUCCGCAGACGGAGAAAUCAAUCCCAGACUCAAGGUUGCGAUGACAAUGUCUUCCGUUUGAGGCGACAUCAAUCUGUUGGGGGAAGUUCAGAGAUACUUUCUAGAGAAGACUUGACUUCAAGUUCGAAUUUAGUUCUUGAGCAGCUGAGGGUGUAAGUAAUUUACUACCAGAGAUUCAAUCUGAGCGAUUCUGGCAAUGGAGCAAAGCCCCUCCAUCUUGUAAGCCUUAUCUUGUUUGCAAAUUACAUUGAUGUAGAUUUGUUGGUAGCUCAUUACUUUUGGAUUUUUCAAAGUUAACCUACCCCAUGUUCAUUCAAAUCUCAAUGUAUUGUUAUUUCCACAAGGGUACAUAGCUGAUGUCCCCCUUAUAGGUUGUUUAAUCUUUCUUUGUAUGAAAAAUCUGAAUACAGAUGAAAAUCCUAUUUUUGGGUGGUAAUCAGAAUUCCAUCCCUAGUUUAAAA